CUUCAGCUAUAUUCUUUCCUUUCAUCAAGAAGAUUAAUCAUUUCUAUCUCCUCCGCCAAUACCUUCUCCGGUCACCGGAAUAUUACCGGAAAGUUUGCUUUUCACCGGGAAAUAGCCGAGAAGAAAACAAGUAGAAGAAUAUUCUCUUUGUUUGUAAUUAUACAUAGAAAUACAUGAAAUGAAGAGGAAAAAUUGAGAUUCUUAUGAAUUAUACGAAUUCUUGAUUUUGAAACGGAAUUUGAAAUUUCGAAUUUGAAUUGGCUGUUUUUUACGGUAUUGUUGAUGUUCGUGAUCGGGGAAUUAUUGAGAGGAAAAGACGACGGAGAAAACGAGAAGGAAUAUAAGACUACGUCGUUUUGGAGGAAGAAUAUAGAGGAGAGAUAUGUGUGCGGCGACGGCGACGGGGGAAUGGUGGGCGAGGGGUAUAGUAGCGGGGCAGAUCGGAGGAGCAUUUAGCCAUGAAAGUGAGCAUGAUUUGGCUCUUAUGGUUAGUGAUUUUCUUGAGAACGGUAGUAGCGGACCGGAUUCUUGGUGCAGUAGCGAUAGCGAGUCUGGUCUGUCCGAUCUUCAUCAUCUCGCCGAUAAAAUUUCGUUCUACAGACACUCAGUGACUCAAUAUGAGAGUGACUUGCUGUGUUUAGUUCAAUCUCUUCUUGUGUCAAUCAAGGAGGCAGAUCUUCACCUUGUUAAGUCUGGUCCAUGUAAUGCCGGUUGCAUAAGAUAUUCCUUGGUAAAGCUAUUGAGACUAGCUGGUUAUGAUGCUGCUGUGUGCACAUCGCGGUGGCAGGGCGGUGGCAAGGUUCCUGGAGGGGAUCAUGAGUAUGUUGAUGUGGUCAAUUUUGUUGGUGGAAGUUCAGAGCGUUUGAUUAUUGAUAUUGACUUUCAAAGUCAUUUUGAGAUAGCUAGAGCUGUUGAUUCUUACGAUAGAAUAUUGAAGUCACUUCCGAUUGUUUAUGUGGGUUCGUUGAACAGGAUGAAGCAGUAUCUACAAGUUAUGGUCGAAGCUGCUAAAUCGUCUCUUAAACAAAACUCCAUGCCUCUCCCUCCGUGGAGAUCUCUUGCUUACUUGCAAGCAAAGUGGCUCUCGCCAUACAAGAGGCAUUUAAUCCCGGGUGAUCAAGAUUUUACUGGCAUCAACUCUUCAGAUCAUAGGCAGUGCUCGGAACAGUUAAAGAGGCUGCAAUCUUCGCUUCAAUCUGAAAUUGAAGAAGAGCGUCUCUUGAAACCCAUAAACAGUGAUUGCAGCUGGAGAAUAAAACGCGAGAGGCGGAGACAUUCAUUACUGAGGGGUCUCUAAAGUGUAUAUCAAUUUUGCCUGGGAAUUUGCAAGUUCCCUUUGUGAGAGAUUAAUUGUACUACUGCGGCAUUCGUGUUUACUGAUUCUUUUUCUUCAUAUGAAUAAAGUGUCAACAAUAACAAAGUCCGAUUUUAUUCCAAGGACGCAAAGAGGACAAUAACACGUUAUAUUUGGAGUCAAUACAUUUAUUUUUCGUAUUCUGCGCAUUGGCAGAAAGUGAGGAUGUCGGUUUUUCAGAAUUGCUGUGAGCAUCCUCUGGCAAACCUGUUAGUACUUCGACUUCUCUACGAUUCAUAUUAUUUCAUAGGUUAUUUUUCUGUUACUUUAAGUUUACUUUCGUUUGUUAUUAUAUUCCUCGCCUCCUAUUAUAUGGCUGAGGAAUUUAAUUGUUUGGUGAUCGAUAUAUUUCAUGCAUUUUGAAGGUUGCUUAUGCGAUAUACACUACACGUUAAUGAUAUAGAGGCUUUCGAUAA